AUGAACCAAAUCUUUAAGCCGUAUCUAAGGAGGUAUGUAUUCGUAUUUUUUGAUGAUAUUCUUGUUUAUUCGAAGACAUGGGAGGAUCAUUUGGAGCACUUGGAGAUUAUUUUGGGGGUGCUACUUGACAACUCUUUCUAUAUUAAGUUGACCAAGUGUGCAUUUGGCCAAAGGGAAAUUGAGUACUUGGGGCAUUUGAACUCACAUGAGGGGGUCAAGGUGGAUUCAAGAAAGGUUGAAGCUAUGAUGACUUGGCCCAAACUGAAGACCAUCAUCGAAUUGAGGGGAUUUCUAGGGCUCACGGGUUACUAUAGAAAGUUUGUCAAAGAUAAUGCUUCCAUUGCAAGACCACUUACCAACAUGCUCAAGAAAAAUAAUUUUGUUAGGAGUGAAGAGGGGGAGAAGGCAUUUGAAGCUUUGAAGAAGGCCACGACAACUACACCCAUCCUUGCUAUGCCUAAUUUUGAGAAGACAUUUGAACUAUACAUGGAUGCAAGUAAUGUGAGGGUAGGUGCGGUUUUCAUACAAGAAGGGAGGCCACUAACCUUCAUUAGCAAGGCCCUUGGUGUUUAA